GAUGGAGUGGGUGUUGGUCAGCCAGUGACUACCAAGAGGAUCGCUUUAAUCAGCUUUGAGACCUGCUAAUGCUGUAGAGAUCUUUGAAGGACUACUGCUGUUUUUGUCUUCAUGCAGCUGAUGCAAGACAGAAUGAACAUCAUGCCCUUGUGUCAUCGCUGGAGGAGAUGCAUCUCCAUAGGACCGGUGUGUUCCCCCACGGGAUACAAGAAGGCGGAUGAUGAGAUGUCCGGAGCCACGUCUUCGGCGGAUCUGGACGAGGCGCCAGCCCGCACCAUUUACGUGAACCAGCCCCAGCAGAGCAAGUUCCGCGACAACUGGGUCAGCACAGCCAAGUACAGUGUGGUGACUUUUCUACCUCGAUUCCUGUAUGAGCAGAUAAGAAAAGCUGCAAAUGCAUUCUUCCUCUUCAUUGCCUUACUGCAGCAAAUUCCAGAUGUCUCUCCAACAGGAAGAUAUACCACCUUGGUGCCAUUGCUAUUUAUUUUGACAGUUGCUGGCAUCAAAGAAAUCAUAGAAGACUAUAAAAGACAUAAGGCAGACAGUGCAGUGAACAAAAAGAAAGCAGUAGUUCUAAGAAAUGGGAUGUGGCAGGACAUUGUGUGGAAAGAGGUAGCAGUAGGCGAUAUUGUGAAGGUCACCAAUGGGCAACAUCUUCCAGCAGACAUGAUCAUUAUAUCUUCCAGUGAACCUCAAGCCAUGUGCUAUAUUGAAACAGCUAAUCUUGAUGGGGAGACGAAUCUUAAAAUACGACAGGGGUUGUCUCAGACUGCUAGUCUCCAGUCAAAAGAAGAAUUGAUGAAAGUAUCUGGAAGGAUAGAAUGUGAAGGACCAAACCGUCAUCUCUAUGACUUCACUGGAACCUUACGCUUAGAUGGUCAAAGCCCAGUUCCAGUUGGUCCAGACCAGAUCUUGCUAAGAGGUGCACAACUGAGAAACACUCAAUGGGUGUUGGGUAUUGUUGUGUAUACAGGAUUUGAUACAAAACUCAUGCAGAAUUCAACCAAAGCACCUCUGAAGAGAUCAAAUGUGGAGAAAGUAACCAACAUGCAGAUCCUGGUUUUGUUCUGUAUUCUCCUGGUGAUGGCCCUUGUGAGUUCUGUAGGUGCCUUAUUAUGGAACAGAACACAUGGCGAAGUCGUGUGGUACCUUGGCUCUAACAAAAUGCUAUCUGUCAACUUCGGGUACAAUCUGCUGACAUUUAUUAUCUUGUACAACAACCUUAUUCCAAUCAGUCUUUUGGUGACGUUAGAAGUUGUCAAAUUCACCCAAGCUCUCUUUAUAAAUUGGGACAUGGAUAUGUAUUAUCCUGAAACUGACACACCUGCAAUGGCCAGAACCUCAAAUCUUAAUGAGGAACUUGGGCAGGUAAAAUACCUGUUUUCAGAUAAAACGGGUACACUAACAUGUAAUAUCAUGAACUUCAAGAAAUGUAGUAUUGCUGGAGUGACAUAUGGCCAUUUUCCGGAGUUGGAAAGAGAACGUUCAUCAGAGGACUUCAGCCAGCUACCUCCUCCUACCAGUGAAUCGUGUGAAUUUGAUGACCCAAGACUGCUGCAAAACAUUGAAAAUGACCAUCCUACAGCUGUACACAUACAGGAGUUCCUCACUCUGCUGGCUGUGUGUCACACUGUAGUUCCUGAGAGACAAGGAAAUAAAAUUAUCUACCAGGCCUCCUCUCCAGAUGAAGGGGCUUUAGUGAAAGGAGCAAAAAAACUUGGUUAUGUCUUCACAGGAAGGACUCCACAUUCAGUUAUCAUUGAUGCGCUGGGAAAAGAAAAAACCUUUGAAAUUCUUAAUGUACUGGAAUUUUCCAGUAACAGGAAGAGAAUGUCUGUGAUUGUUCGAACUCCAGCAGGACAACUACGUCUGUACUGCAAAGGAGCUGACAAUGUAAUUUUUGAGAGGCUUUCGAAAGAUUCCCAGUAUAUGGAGCAAACACUGUGCCAUCUUGAGUACUUUGCCACAGAAGGUCUGAGGACUUUGUGUAUCGCUUAUGCCGAUCUGUCAGAAAACUCUUACAGAGAGUGGCUGAAUGUCUAUAAUGAAGCCAGUAUACUUUUGAAAGACAGAACUCAGAAGUUGGAAGAAUGCUAUGAGAUCAUUGAGAAGGAUUUACUGCUUCUUGGAGCCACAGCCAUUGAAGACCGCCUGCAAGCAGGUGUUCCUGAAACAAUAGCCACACUAAUGAAGGCAGAAAUUAAGAUAUGGAUUCUGACAGGGGACAAGCAGGAAACAGCUCUCAACAUAGGGUACUCUUGCAGACUCAUUUCACAGAGCAUGUCUCUCAUCCUGGUCAAUGAAGAUUCCCUGGAUGCAACAAGAGCUUCUUUGACUCACCACUGUAACAGUCUGGGGGACUCCUUGGGCAAGGAAAACGAUAUUGCUCUGAUUAUUGAUGGCCAUACACUGAAGUAUGCCCUUUCAUUUGAAGUCAGGCAGAGCUUUCUGGACUUGGCACUCUCCUGUAAAGCAGUCAUUUGUUGCAGAGUAUCUCCUCUACAGAAGUCUGAAAUAGUAGACAUGGUAAAGAAACACGUGCAUGCCAUAACACUUGCCAUUGGGGAUGGUGCCAACGACGUGGGAAUGAUCCAGACCGCUCAUGUUGGAGUAGGGAUCAGUGGCAACGAGGGCAUGCAGGCAACCAAUUGCUCGGAUUAUGCCAUUGCACAGUUUUCCUACUUGGAGAAGCUGUUGUUGGUCCAUGGAGCUUGGAGUUACAAUCGAGUUACCAAGUGCAUUCUCUACUGCUUCUACAAGAAUGUGGUUUUGUAUAUUAUUGAGCUUUGGUUUGCUUUCGUUAAUGGAUUCUCUGGGCAGAUUUUAUUUGAGCGAUGGUGCAUUGGUCUGUAUAAUGUGAUUUUCACAGCAUUGCCACCCUUCACUCUGGGAAUCUUUGAACGAUCGUGUACUCAAGAUAGCAUGCUUAGAUUUCCACAGCUAUACAAAAUUACUCAGAAUGCAGAUGGGUUCAACACAAGGGUUUUCUGGGGUCACUGCAUCAAUGCCCUGAUCCAUUCCAUCAUUCUCUUCUGGUUUCCACUGAAAGUACUGGAGCAUGAUGCAGUAUUCACAAACGGGCAGGGAAUCGACUAUUUAUUUGUUGGAAACAUAGUUUACACUUACGUUGUAGUCACUGUUUGCCUAAAAGCUGGCUUGGAAACAACUGCGUGGACUAGAUUCAGUCAUCUGGCCGUCUGGGGAAGCAUGCUGCUCUGGCUCGUCUUCUUUGGUGUCUACUCAGCCAUCUGGCCCACAAUCCCCAUCGCACCCGACAUGCUGGGGCAGGCUGGAAUGGUGCUGAGAUGUGGCUACUUCUGGUUUGGGUUAUUUCUCGUGCCCACUGUGUGCCUUGUGAAAGAUGUGGCAUGGACAGCGGCCAAGCAUACCUACCAUAAAUCUUUGCUGGAACAAGUUCAAGAGUUGGAGAUGAAGACAAGAGAGCUGGGAAAAGCCAUGCUUCGUGACAGUAAUGGAAAGAGCGUGAACGAACGUGAUCAUUUGUUAAAAAGGCUUGGCAGGAAAACUCCUCCGAGCCUUUUCCGUGCUCAUUCUGUCCAGCAAAGUGUAUCACAUGGCUAUGCGUUUUCUCAAGAAGAACACGGCGUUGUUUCCCAGUCACAAGUUGUUCGAUCCUACGACACAACCAAAAGGAGAACAGAAAUAGAAUAAAUGGUUCUUUGCUUGAUGGGUGGUGGGAAUAAUGGGAUUUGGAUCAAUGCAUCCACUCUUAACACAUUCUUGACUAGGGUUGGCAGCAGCAGCCAAAACACCAGAGAACUCAUUUCUGUGGCCUUAGCCAACACGUUUCUGUAUUCUCCCUGCAAACCUCGAGUAGUACGUAUUGUGGGGGGAAAUCAUUGUUCGACUUCAGUCGCAAAGCUCUGCCUAAAGUUUUGUUUAUGUUGUUAUGAAGCAUUUGACUGUGCUAUGUGAGGUGUGAAAUUAAAAACAAUGUUUUACCACUG